GGCAGACGUCCAAGCCCUUGUGCAGAAUAAAGAGUCGCUCUGCCUGAAUCUUGAAUAACGGAGUAACACACACAUCGAGUCGCCUUAAAGGCUCGAUCAAAGGUCAGAUCUUGCGUUCACCAUGGCAUCAGGCAGUGCGAACAGUGAGGAGGAGAAGAGUCUUAGAGAAUGUGAGAUAUAUGUGCAGAAACACAACAUCCAGCAGUUGCUGAAGGACUGCAUUGUCCAGCUGUGCACCUCAAGGCCAGACAGACCCAUGGCCUUCCUCAGAGAAUUCUUUGAGAGGCUUGAAAAGGAGGAAGUCAAGCUCCUGAACCAGCAGAAAGGCAGCUCUCGCUCAGACUCUCGUGAAGAUGAGGUGUCCCCUCCAAUGAAUCCUGUGGUGAAAGGUCGCAGACGGAGAGGGGCCAUCAGUGCUGAGGUCUACACUGAGGAGGAUGCCACCUCCUAUGUCAGGAAGGUUAUCCCGAAAGACUAUAAAACCAUGGCUGCUCUUGCCAAAGCUAUUGAAAAAAAUGUGCUCUUCUCACAUUUGGAUGACAAUGAGAGAAGCGACAUAUUUGAUGCAAUGUUCCCAGUCACCUACAUUGCAGGAGAGAUUGUCAUCCAGCAAGGUGAUGAAGGGGAUAACUUCUAUGUCAUCGACCAGGGUGAAAUGGAUGUGUAUGUGAACAAUGAGUUGGUGACCAAUAUUGGUGAGGGGGGCAGCUUUGGAGAGCUGGCUCUAAUCUAUGGUACCCCCAGAGCCGCCACUGUCAGAGCCAAGACCAACGUUAAGCUCUGGGGCAUAGACAGGGACAGCUACAGAAGAAUACUAAUGGGAAGCACUUUAAGGAAAAGGAAGAUGUAUGAGGAGUUCCUGAGCAAAGUAUCCAUUCUAGAGUCUCUGGAUAAGUGGGAGCGUUUGACUGUGGCUGAUGCUCUGGAGCCAGUGCAAUUUGAGGACAGUCAGAAAAUCGUGGUGCAGGAAGAACCAGGGGAUGAGUUCUUCAUCAUCCUAGAGGGAUGUGCAGCUGUUCUGCAGCGUAGGUCAGAGAAUGAGGAGUUUGUAGAGGUCGGCCGUUUAGGACCAUCAGACUACUUUGGUGAAAUUGCUCUGCUGAUGAACCGACCCCGUGCAGCCACCGUGGUGGCCCGUGGCCCUCUGAAGUGUGUCAAGCUGGACAGGCCGCGUUUCGAGCGGGUGCUGGGGCCGUGCUCGGACAUCCUCAAACGCAACAUCCAGCAGUACAACAGCUUUGUCUCGCUCUCCGUCUGAAACUAUCCAUCCCCCAAAACCUCCACCGCAGGGUCCACCGACACCAUUUAGCUCUUCAUCUCCUUAUUGUUUUAAGUGUUUAAAGGCCCAUUACCUUCACAUGCUUCAUAAAUUGCUUCCCAUGUGACUGUGACAUCAGUCUAAAGCUUUAACAGCCUGUUUAGUCGGACAUUUAGAGCCAAAUGAAAGAACAGACAAUCCAAACAUAUGUUCCUCCAAUCAAAUCCCAGCCUUUACUCUACAAUGUUUUUAACUUUAACUCCAAGCAGUGAACAAAAACAAAAUAGACGAGUAAAAAAUAUAUAUAUUUAUAAUAAGUUAUUCUAAAACAAGAAACCUGUUUAAAAUUCCUUUACCCUCACAGUGCUGAAGUUAGUUUUUUAAAGACUAGUUUUAUAAAAAGAUGAACUGUCUACAUAUG